UAAAACACUAACGAAGAAGAAGGAGGAAGUGCGUUCGUGUUUCGUUCCACACAACAAAAAUGGAAUUUUAAGUCCACAUUUCCGUCGUUUGGAUAGUGUAUUUGAAAUAACUCCGUAUAAUAUUAUCAAUUCAUCCUCAUCAGCAUGGGAGGUGGUGAUCUUAACUUGAAAAAGAGUUGGCAUCCCCAAACUCUGAAAAACAUCGAGCGAGUGUGGAAAGCGGAGCAGAAACACGAGGCGGAGAGGAAGAAGAUCGAGGAGCUGCAGAAAGAGCUGAAAAAUGAGCGAGCUCGAGAGGAGAUCACCAGAUAUGCGCAAGAGACAGGCGCUGUAAAGAAAAAAGAUGACCGUUUGGACUGGAUGUACCAGGGUCCAGCAGGACAGGUCUCCCGGGAUGAGUACCUCCUUGGUCGCCCCAUUGACAAGCAGAUCACCCAGCAGUAUGAGGAACCAGAGAGCGGUCCAUCUGCUCAGACGGGCCUCCUGCCUGGUUCUAUAUUCAACCCCUCCAGUUCUGUUUCUACCAAUGAUAUGGCUGCUAAGAUAAGAGAGGACCCACUCUUUGAGAUCCGCAAACGAGAGGAGGAGAAAAAGAGGGGAGUUCUUACAAAUCCUGUUAAAAUGAAAGAAAUCCAAAAGAUGUUGCGUCAAAAUCUUGAGAAGGAGAAGAAGAAAAGGAAAAAGGAGAAAAGAGAGGAGAAAGCGAAGAGGAAGGAGAAGCAGCACAGGAGGAGGAGUUCAAGCUCUGAUGAGGAAGACAGGAAGCAUAGGUCAAAAGAGGAACGAUCAGAUGUCGCAACCUUUAACGGACAUCACAAAUAUGGCUAUGGACUCCAAGUACCAGCGAACCGAUCGCAUCACUCAUCUAACCAUUUAGAGCACAGUUCAAGAGAUAGGAGCCGGUCCCCUCUGUCUCAUAAAGCGGACAGGGACAAUCAUUCUCAUGACACAGAGAAGAGACCCAAAAGUAAAGCCCCCAGCCCGUUGAGACAUAGAGACCGUUAUCAAAGACCACAGUACACCAAUUACAGCAAGCGCCUCUCAGCUGAAGAGUUGGAGAAGAAGAGAAGGGAAAUGAUGGAUUUUGCCCGUGAAAGAGAAGUGGAGAGGGAAAGUAAUGUGAAGAAAUAUAAGCGACAAGAGGAACAAGAGAAGGCUCGAGACAACAACAAACAGAACCGUCAUGCUGGUUUUAUUCAUGACAUGAAGCUAGAGAGUGCUGCCACUUCCUCUUUGGAGGACCGUGUGAAAAGAAACAUUCACUCCAUUCAGAGGACCCCCGCUGCUCUGGAAAAGAACUUCAUGAGAAGAUGAAGAGCCAAAGGGCUCAAAAAAAAAAAAAAAAAGAUUUAUUGCAAUUUUAAAAUCAUAAGAAUCAUAGAAUGCCUUCUUUUACCACUCUGUUUUUUAUUCUGAAGUUUUAAAAAAAGGUUGAAAUUUUGUAUAUUUUAAUGAAUACCCUGUAAAUAAAAUGCCCUGAGUUGACACUG